AUGGUGGGGUCCGCGGGUCGCGACCGCGCCUUUGAAGCAACCGCGGAGAGCGCUCAGCCUGUGGCUCAGCCGAACCCGGAGCCUGCACCUCCUCGUCCCCCAUUCCAGGCCCAUCCUGUUGCGUCGGCGCCUGUGAGCCGUCUGGAGCGUGGGUUGUCACUUCCGCUGCGGCGUCACGAAUCUCCUGAGCAGUCCCGUGCUCCCUUGAUCGUCGCGUCGAAUGCUGAGCCGGCGCGUCAGCAGCGCGGAGGAUCCCCGCAGCGUCGUGGGUCUCGGCCCUCAUCCCCCGUGAAUCGCGCUCCUGAGCCGUGGGAGUCGCGGCAGAGGUGGGACGAAUACCAACGUAAACUUCAGCGCCGCGACCGCCGCUACCGCUCUCCGCAGAGGUCGCCGGAAAAGCGCUCCCCGCGGCAGCGGUCUCCCCGGCCAUCGCUGCCACGCCGGGGCCGCGGUGUUCACGCGGGGCAGUGGGAAUCUCGCCGGAAGGAGCCCUCCCCGCCUCGUCGUCCGUCGCCAGGAUCUGGAGGUCGUCGGGGGCGGCGGAAUGGUUCUCCGCGCGGCGGGGGAAGUCGCGCUCGGGGCUCCGCGGCUGACCGCGCGGCGAAUAUGGUGGCGGAGGCAGUGCGGCAGGCUCAAGCGGGGGGGGAAGCGGCUCACAUCCAUGUGUCUGUGACCGCUGAGCCCCCCACCAGCAACGCUGCGGCUGAAGCGGCUCCAUUGCGCGCGCCGACUUUGCGCGAGUACCUGCCAGCAGCAGUGGCGAGGGGACCGUUCCGCGGGCGCCGCCAGGCCCCUGGCUACCCCGCUCCUCCGGGUUAUCUUGGACAGGCUGCGGACCAGGUGGCGAUGGUUCCGCCGCGCGGAAUUCCGACUGCACCUCUCCCCACCCGCGCGGGGAGAGACCCCACGCUGAGCAUGUGCCGGAUGUGGAACUUGGCGGGGGCGGCUGAGGGGGUGGCGAGCUUGCAGCUGGCGGCGUGUAAGGCCAUGCGUCACACACCGAGCAGUUUUGCUCAAGUGCCCCAAGGACAGUGCGUCUCUUGGGCAGCAGCGAUUCUCCCCCUUUUAUCGCCCGUGUCGGAAGCGCCCGCCGGGGUAGCGCCCUUAGCCCGUACCUUCCCCCGCCUCGCCCUUGAUCUUCACGCUGCCGCUCAGAGCGGGCCCCCAGUUGACACUCUUCGCUUCUCGGCGGAGCUCCUCCACGCGAUGGCAGGGUGUCUUCUCUCGUUGCUUGAGGCGGAGGGGGCUGGCCUGUACACGCAGUAG